AGGUCACCACAGUUGCCUCUCAAAAUGGCGGCUGAACCGACACGGGAGUGGAGCGAGGAGCAGCUCAAAAGUGAUGAUUUGCCCAAAAAAGACAUAAUAAAGUUCAUCCAGGACAACGGGACCCACUCGUUCCUGAAUGAGCACAAACUGCUCGGCAACAUAAAAAAUGUGGCCAAAACAGCAAAGAAAGAUCAGCUGAUUGUCGCCUACAACCAGCUCUUUGAGAGCAAAAGAUUUAAAGGAACAGAGUCGGUUGACGAGAUGACGGAGCAAGUUAAAGCUGUGAAAAUUGAAGAAAAGCCCAAAGAAGUCAAGACAGAAAUUGUGGAUGAGGGUCCUCCAAAGUACACUAAGUCUGUGCUUAAGAAAGGAGACAAGACAAACUUCCCAAAAAAGGGCGAGAAUGUGAGCUGCUGGUACACUGGAUCUUUAGAGGACGGCACAGUGUUUGACACAAACAUUCCUGCAGCGGCGAGAAAGAAGAAGCAGGCGAAGCCUCUGAGCUUCAAAGUUGGCCUGGGUAGAGUAAUUAGAGGAUGGGAUGAGGCCAUUCUAACAAUGAGCAAGGGUGAAACAGCGCGGGUGGAAAUUGAGCCAGAAUGGGCAUACGGAAGAAAGGGUCUCCCUGAUUCAAAUAUCCCCCCCAAUGCAAAACUGAUUUUUGAAGUGGAACUUGUGGCUGUGGAUUAAUUGAUGUUUACUCUACAUGUCUUCAACACGAAGACAUAUUUUAGGGCCUUGUUGCAAGUAUUAAGUCACACGGCUCUUGGACUGCACUAGAUCCAGUUUCUCACCAUGCCUGCUCAUAUUAGUCAGAAUUUCAGGUUGGAAGGAAUUGGUUGAAUCAGUGUAUAUAAAGUUUUUGAAGCUUGUCCUGUUCUUUUGCAUGUACAAUGUAAAAAAUAAACUUGUUUGACUCCAUUCAUACUAGA